UCCAGAGAAGCGGUUCGCGCCCAGCAUUUGGGCCUGGAACUGAUUUUAUUUCUCACGGAUUUCUGGACAAAUUUCCCUAUUUUGGAAAAUUAUUUGCAAGUUUCUGAUUGAGGACAACCUUUUGAGUCAGCUUUUGACGUUUUCGAGCGACUGGAAGUGCGCUGAGGGUGUUUUCUUUGGAUUAUUAUUUUUUUUCCCACCGAGCUCUGCAGACGAAAGUGAAAAUUGUACUCAGCUGUGGUUUGCGCGCUUUCGCACCGUCGGUGUGCAGCCUAGUCAUGGCCGAUUUUUUGGUCGGCCAAACCCGUCGGACAUGGCGGGUUUUGACUGGAAAUUUGAAAGCCUUAAGGUCGGCAUAUGGUCUGACUCAGUUGCUGCUGUGUACCCUUGUGCUCGCUGGAACUGUAUUGGGGGAUGAAAUUGACGGCGACCCGGAAGGAAGGCGAGUUAAACGGGCGGUGCAAACGAACGUUCGGGGGCUCCAUGUGUGUCGUUCUCAGGGAAGGUACAUCUGUUGUCCAGGCUGGAAACCCAACCCAGGAAGUGGGUUAUGCCUUACACCUGUUUGCCGAGGCUCCUGCGGGGAGGGUGCAUGCAGCGCCCCUAACACCUGCACCAGAUGUCAACAAACAGCUUACGGGACAACGACAUGCCAACGCACUGCACCAGCUUACACGAGAACAUCUUACCCUGUGCACCCCUACAGCCAAACCCAGUAUGCACCAAUGAGCCGCCAGACUUCCCAGCCAGUUUCGGCCCCACGCUAUGGAACAGGGUACCAGACAAGCGGCAUUCAGGGUUACCAGACCCACUCUCAACAAGGGUACCAGACUGGACCUUCCUACUCCACUAGCGCGGGACGUAAUUCCUGCAGCAAUUCAGGCUGUCGGUAUGCGUGCGGAUCCACGGCUACCGGAGCAAUCAGCUGUACAUGCCCACCAGGGUACAUGCUGGCUUCGGACAGAAGGAGUUGCAGAGAUGUGGAUGAGUGCUCAAGAUAUUCGUCGCUGUGCCAGCAGAACUGCAGAAACACACUGGGAGGAUACCGGUGUUCCUGCUCCACAGGAAAUUUGAUGAGCAACAGACGAACAUGCUCUGAUAACAGAGGCUGCAGUACCUGCAUUGGCGGCAUGCCAGCCCCUGGGCCUGUCACCCUCCCUGGGAACCCCACGUGCCCUGCUGGCUUCCAGCUGCAGAGAACUGCACAAGGUGGACGCUGUGUGGAGCAAGGACCUAUCAUUCAGGAUCAGAGUCGGAUGAAUCAACACAAGGAUUGCUUGUUGGGAGUUUGUCGCCUUUGUGGUGAGAGUCGUACCCAACAGAAGGGCAGAAAUCCUUUGCUGAAAGAGCAGUUUGCUGUGGAUAUCAAGGCUGCUUUUGACAUCGCUGUGGCUGACGAUGUGAUAGGCAUCCAUCCUCCCUAUGUGUGCAAGCCGUGUGAGCUGAAGCUUAGGAGAUGGAAAGAAAACCGUGCAAAGCGUAAACAAGCUGUUUGCAACAUAAAUAUUGCCAUCUUCGCUAAUAGUUCAUGUGACAGGUGCACUGGUGAAGUUGUUGUGACCUUAGAUGCUCACCGCACUACAGCUGAGAAGUUUUCCUUAAUGGUCUGGAAAGGUGACGAUAGAGUGAAAAUCUUCAAAGUUGAUGAGAUGGGCAAUCCCAUUGUGUUCUUCACAAUCCUGGCCAAUUUUUCGUGGGUGCUUAAUAUUUGUGGCAUCACUUGUAAGAGCGAUCACCCAUUGUGCAAGGAUGUCCCUGAGUUCCUGGGUCUUGAAGACACCUUCAUCAUGUGCAGCAAGCUUGAUGGGAUGCAUGCAUGUCUAGGAAAUCCUGACUUCCCUGAAUUAGUGGCUUCGAAGUGUGGAUCAGAAGGUCAAGUUCCGACAAAGGUCACUAACAAUGAUGUCGUUGUGGAUGGGACAGUGCGGCACAAGAACUGUCUCCUUUUGGUGCAAUUCAGCAGAACAAGGUGCAACUACUGUAAAAUACACAGAGGUGAUCUCGCAUCUGCUACAAGCCGGUUAAUGGGGAAGCAACAACGAAGCGGAUCUGCAUCAUCCAAUGCCCCAAAUAUUUCCCUGUCAAAGCAGCAGCUACAGGAGAAGGUGGUAGAUCUCCAGAGCGAUAGACGGAAUUUGCUACGACGAAAUGCUGCACUGGAAACCAGAAUUUCGUCCAUGAUGGAAGAAGAAAGCAUUCACCUUACUCCUCUACAGGAGAAGGGAAUGGAGGAGGCAUUUGACAACUUAGAUCAGACCCUCACCAACGACCUUUUGGGAGAGGAUACCCCAGCAAGGCUUCUUUGGGAGCAACAGAAGAGUGCUGUUGCUAAGGGUAAACAAAUGCGCUGGCACCCUGCUGUCAUCAGGUGGUGCAUUGCAAUGCAUACAAAGUCAGCGUCGGCCUACAACUUGAUGAGGGGUUCCGGUUUCCUGCAGUUACCUCAUCCGAGUACACUUCACAGGUACACACACUUCGCUGAUCCAAAGAUCGGAUUUAAUUCGGCUUUACUGAACAGAGUUGUGGUGGAGAACAACAUUAGUGGCAACCCAGAAGAGUCGCAGAAUGUUUGUCUGUUAUUUGACGAAAUGAAAGUCAAAUCUGGAUUGGUUUAUUCUGUACGAUCAGGCCAGAUUGUUGGCUUCACUGAUGUCGGUGACAUUGCUAAUGAGAUAAGUAGGUUUGAUAAGCGCUGCAGGGGAGAGGAAGAGUCUGAGUUGGCGAGUCAUGUUCUUGUAAUCAUGGUAAGAGGGAUUGACAGCUCACUUCACUCUCCUGUUGCCAUGUACCCCACUACUGGAGUGACCAGCGAGCAGCUGUAUCCCUGCUUGUGGGAAUGUGUCCGAUAUGUAGAAACAGCCGGGAUGGCUGUGCGGGCAUUUGUCGCAGAUGGUGCCUCAUCAAACAGAAAGUUUUAUAGGCUUCACUCUGGAUGCCUUCACGACAAGUCACCCAGCCUCAUCUAUGCUACAGCCAAUCCUGUUGACCCGAGUCGCAAAAUUUUCUUCAUCUGUGAUGUGCCACAUCUGCUCAAAACAACACGCAACAAUUUUGAGAACUCGGGGUACAACAACAACACAAGGAAACUGUUCUACAACAAACAGCAGAUCAAAUGGACCCAUCUCCUAGAAUUGUACGAGUGGGAUGCUGGUUUGAAGCGGACUUCACCAGGGUUGCGGAUGCUGCACAAAGUCUCCUACGAGCAUCUUCACUUGACGCCUUCUCUCAGGAUGCGUGUGUACUUGGCUGCACAGGUUCUCAGCAGCACUGUGGCGAAUGCCUUGGAGUCCCUUGGUCAAGUUGGAACUGCGUCAACAGUCAAAUUCAUCAGGAUGUUUGACCAGUUUUUUGACUGUCUGAACGUGUCAAACUUGAAUCAGGGAAGGCGCACCAGGAAGCCUGCUUUGGCACCGUACACAAGUGUGGAUGAUUGGCGUUUCAAGUGGCUGAAGGAAGACUUCCUUGGAUUCCUGAGGGAGUGGCAGAGUGAAGUUCAAGCUCUUCCUGAUCUUGAUGACAUCACACGCAAGAAAAUGUGCCUGAGUACUGAAACCUUGGACGGUCUGAGGAUAACAGUUCACUCCUUUGUUGAACUUGCCAACGUCUUGCUGUCGUCGACGAACAUCAAGUUCCUUCUCAGUGAGAAACUGAACCAAGACCCACUUGAGGAAUACUUCAGUAAGCAGAGGGGAUCUGGGGGAUCCUGGGACAAUCCCACCGUUGAACAAUUCAGCCACAAUAUGUUGGCAUUGCAUGUGGCAUCGUCAUGUACUAAGGCCUCUAAGCGAGGGAAUGUUCGGAAGCAAAACCAAGAUGAUAGUGGUUACAAAAUAGAUUCCACCCCACUUCCUAAAAGAAAGUAA